GUAGUACAUACGUACGUAUAGACUUUGUUGAGUCUAGGGCGGUUCGAGUACAGCGCAGAUACAGUGAGCCUUUUGAGGAGUUCAUUUUGAUUUUAGAUAUUUCAUUAAUGUAGUAGACUAUAUCCUAGAACUCAUCUGGAUCUGUGGACUGCAGUAGUACGUCGGGAAUGACAUGCAAAAGGAUCACCAUGUGUUUGUAACAGAGUUAAAAUCAAGAUGAUUUGCGACAUCAUGAAGAUCUUGCACCAUCAUGUGCUGUCCAAGCGUCGGGUCUUGGCUGCAGCCUUGGUGAUAGCCGCCUUCUUACUUUUGCUAUCAACAGACCAGAUCUCAGAUAAGGAAAAGAUGCGAAAACUCUUGUGCACGCUGUACGGGGAUGAAAAAAAGGCUGUCUACGAAAACAAUGUUAACGACUUACAGGCUAGUGUAGAUAGAAUCAAUGAUGAGAUUUCGUUACUCUCUGCUGAACACACUGGUUCAUUUGAACAGAGGCUCCCCCAGGCCAUCGUGAUGGGGGUGAGAAAGUGUGGCACGAGGGCACUCCUUGAGAUGCUCAGGUUGCAUCCAAGCAUCGCCGCGGCUAAGCCAGAACUUCACUUCUUUGAUGACCAUUACGAAAAGGGUCUGACGUGGUACAGAAAGCAAAUGCCAUUUUCCUAUGCAGAUCAAAUCACAAUGGAGAAGACGCCAGCGUACUUCAUCACCAGCGAGGCGCCAGAUAGAAUUUACCGCAUGAAUAGCUCCAUCAAACUUUUAGCCAUUGUGCGUGAUCCAACAGUGAGGACUAUAUCUGACUAUACGCAGAUCUCAAGUCACAUAUCGAACAAGAAUCGCAAUUUUCCACGAUUUGAAGACAAGGUUCUUGUAAAUGGUGAAAUUGACACUAGCUAUCAGGCCAUUAAGACCAGUAUUUAUGCCAGUUAUGUGAAGAAUUGGUACGAAUACUUUCCAGACUCUCAGAUCAUGUUUGUGGACGGCGCUAAGCUGAUAGUAGACCCACUUCCAGAGAUGAAGCGGGUCGAGCAGUUCCUAGGUCUUCAGGACUAUUUCAAUGGGAAAGAGUUUGUGUACAAUGAAACAAAGGGAUUCUAUUGCCUGAAAAAGAAGAAAUUAAAAUGUCUGGGAAGUUCGAAGGGGCAGUCCCACCCCGAUGUGGAUCCAAAAGUACUGCGCAAACUCCAGGAUUUCUUCCGCCCCUACAACCGUAAAUUCUUUGACCUUGUUGGCAGAAAGUUUGAUUGGGAGUUAAUUUGAAGAAUCAUUUUGUGUAGCUUCAGGUAUUUGGGUGUUUUUAUAACGUUGUAUAAAACCAUUUUCGUUCAUACAUGUACCUGUACAAGAGGUUAUGGUUUAUUAAUAUUAUUUUGUAGAUAAUGUUCUGUUUUUUUAAAAGGGAAGUCAGCCUCACGAAUACAUGUAUUUACUUGUGUUAAUUCUAUAAAACAUUGACCUUGACACUUGGAUCAAUGAUAAUUCUUUUAUUUAACUGAAGUUUUGCACAUCAUAAAUUUGCAGGAUGUAAACAAUUUGAGCAAUUGAUUCUAUAAUCAUAAUUCAAAAUUAAUUUUGACUUAUGAUUUGAAAUUUCAUUUUCUAAUAGGCUUUCAGUUUUUUUAUAACAGAUCAAGAACAUGAAAUCUGUUUGAUUCAGUGAUAAAUUUUGAAGAUAACGAUACUACUGCGUGGAGCUGCAUUGUCACCACACAUUUUGUGACCCAGUCAUGAAUACUUAAUGGCGCUUAGUAAUAAGUAAUGAGUUGCUCGGGGUAAGGGGCAGGGGUACAACAUUUAGAUGCGCAUUGCUAAUUCUGAAUAUAACACUGAUAAUCAUAGCCUAAUAUGUCAAAAUUUAAAACGAGUGUUAAAAAUCAUUUUUUGACAGAAAUUUUGUUUACAUGUACAUGUUCCAUGCGAAUGUGAAAAUCCUCCAAGAUUAGUUGUCUUUGAAAUUGUUUGUUUUCUUAUGCAUGUAACACUCACAUGUGCAUCUACAGUAACCUAAUUUACAGACGUGUACUGUACUCUACAUUUAUAAAUGAGUAUUGAGCAUAUGAGAAGAGCAUACACAUGUAUUGCACACAAUUAAUGUUCAUGUCAUGUAAAUGGAUUUACUUGUACGUAUGUACAUUUGUAUGUGUACCUACAUUUACAUGUACAGUAUGAAGCUACAUGUACAUGUACAGACCACAUACGUACUGUACAUGUAUAUGUAGUUCAUGCAUGCAUGUGAUAUUGGGCAUUGUUUAAUAGUAGGAUUGGACAUUUACUGUAAAAAGGACCAUUGUGCAUUCCGGUACAUUAGUAUGUGUAUUUUACAUUAUUACAUCAUUUUACAUGUACAGGGAUAAUGGACAAUCAGAAGUUGACUACUUAUUACUUCCUUAACCAAACUGGACAUGGCUUGCAUAUUUCCAUCUGUUUUGUUCUGUUUAAAAAAAUGUUUUUCAACUCUUCUAUAGAAAUUGUGUUCACAUGGCAAUUUUAUUAUUUUCAAAUGCAAUUUUCUGUGAAAAUUGUCUAAGCCUCGUCCAUGUACAUGACUACAUGAACUAAUAUGUACAUACCCCCUCCGAUACUUGUAUAAUACAAUACAUACAUCACUUUUACAAAAUUCUAUAUCUAUGGGACUACAGUUUAUGUAGAAUAGAUUCCUACCAAUGAAUAUUCUAAGAACGAUACUGCAAUGCAUUUCAUGCUUGAUGGCUACAUGUACAUGCCCCACAAAGGAUGCAUGAAUAAAGUCCAUUCUAAUCUAGGAAAGGGAUUUACCACUUGAAUGAGUGUAUGUAGGAUAUUAAGGAGAGAUUUAGAAAGAGAAGAAGAAAUUUAGGAUUCAAAAUAUGCAUGUGCAUACUGUAGGAGAAGAGAGCAAUUUACCUCUGGAAAAUUUAAAAAAAGAACCCUGAACAAAAUAAUAAAAAGCUUUAUUAAGAAUAAAAAAUGAAAUAAAGUAUUCCAACAAGAAAAUUGCACUAUUACAGCUAUCGGUACUAUCUUUUACUUUUUGGUGAUAGUUUCAUAUCUUGAAAUAAUAUGCAUCAUAGUUCAACUUCAGUACAUCAGGGUUACAUAUAUGAUAACUUUACUUGCAAGCCCACUUACAUGUACACUGUAUAAAGACCUGCAUUUUUUAAUACAGAUCAUGAUUUUGUGAAUGAUUCCUUGGUUGUUUAAUUUUUUUUUGCUCACUACCCCCCCCCCCCAUUUUAAUACUCACCGGUAUGUUUUGUGGGGGGGGGGGGGGGGUGAUCUAUUCAUUCAUCCCCCUGAACAAUAGGUAUUAAGUAAGGAUUGACAGCUUCUACGCCACUGCUUAAAACAUUUAUUUUUAGAAACAAUUUCCAAUGUUAACUGUUAACUUUAUAAGGAAGUACGCUGAGCGUAUCUCACUCUUCAUUCCUUCACUCCAUUACAACACUUAUAAGGUACAUAUUAGUGAUGUGUGGCAUAUUAUUAUCACUAUUAUAGCAAGGCUAGAAAACAAUACGAUACAAAGAAUUUGAACCAGUAACAUGACCUUUUUGGGACAACUGAGAAUUGUGUGUUACAUGUUCCUUUUGGGAUCAAGCAUUCCACAUCUUGUGGUCUGGUUCAGUAGCUUUGGAUUCAGAUUCACACAAAAAAAGGAUACCCAGAUGCAUGAAAAGAGUUUUUAGAUCGAAAAAAUUCUGCACACAAUUGCUGCAUUUACACUGCAACAAAAAAUCUUCAAUUGUUCUCACAUUCCGGUGUUUCAUCGGUAGUUGUAUAUAUAGCACUACAUGCAAACACAAAAACACAAAAAUAAAAAAUAAAAAAAUCUACCUCUUAGAGUGCUAAUGCAUGCAGAGCUUCGAUGAGUGGUGCAUGAAGUGAACUACUCACAAAAAAUCGGUAUGAUGAAACUUUGAUGUUUUUUCAAGUAGUGUAAUUAUUAUUAAAAAAAUGUUUUUAAACAUGAUUUUUUUAAAUGGUGUUUGGGAUAUAUAAAUGGGCCUUAGGCCUAAAAAAAAAAAAAAUGCUGUAUUGCCCUUUGCGACCGACCCCCAAAAAAUUAAAUCAACGGUCGGCUUAAAUUAAUUUUUUUUUUUUUACCGUUUUUUAGGAAAAAUGUAUUAAAGCAUUCAAAACUAAAAAAUACCAGCCUAAAGAGGGAGUUUGAAAAAAAAAGAAGAUUUCCUUCCGACCGACCGACCCAUGUUUUGGCACCUAACGGGCAAAUACAACAUCUUUUUUUUAAUAUUUUUUUUUUAGGCCUUAUGCAUCAAAUUUGUUUAUGAAUGACCAUAUCGCUUGUAAUGCCAAGAAUUAAAAAAAAAAAAGGAAAAUUGGCACCAAAAUGAGAGGUUCAAAAUCAUUGUUUCUUGAUCAAAAUUGGCUAUUGUUCAACUUUUCAUCAAAGUUCUACCCAUGUAUAUUGUUUUCAGAGACAUUACACUUUAAUAGAAUAAUGUAGCAAUCAAAAGAAAAAUGUACUGUUGCGAAUUUGAAGAGCGACACAUGAUCAAUCUAGUCUUUAAAAAUGUAGACCUAUUGUGUGAUUUUAUUUUAAAUCCAUCAAUGCAAUUACUGGUACAUUAGCGGGGUUGGCACAAGUUGAAUACUAUUCAUUUGAUGUGUAGUUGCCAGAUUGAGUUUUGUGGGGGGAGGAGUUCUAUCAAAGAAGCCCUUGUCCUUGUGCCGUACCCCCCCCCCCCCCCCGAUAUUUACUUUACAAUCCUUUAUGUAUGAACAUUAUUGAGAAAUUAUACAAAAAGAGUCUCUUGUUAAUCCUUAUUUCUAUCCAAAGUCUACAAUGAUCUUUAAAAAAAUCCUAUGGUAGCAUAAUAUUUGUUAGAUGUAUAAAAUGCUUGAAUGAUGCUCUAAAGUUUGAGAUGUAAAUCAUCAAGAUGAGAUAUAUACGUGUACUUGGUUCAGACUUUAAUGUACAUGACCUCAAACAUUCAGAUUUUCUAUGAAAAAAAACAUUUGAAUUUAAAACGACCUUGUACAUGUGUACAGUACAUUUUUUUAGGUGGACUGAGAGAGAUUUGAAUGGAAUCUGAUAAAUUUUCCUCCUAUUUUAUUACUUUCUAACCUACCUUGCCAUAGGUUUAACUAACAUAGCAAUCAUGUGUUAUCAAAUCUGCAUUCUAGUUUAUUGAUACAUGUAUAAAAAAAGAGGGAGUAUGUAACUAAUGCAGGCAUUUGAGUGAGAAAAUGCCAUAUUUUCAUGGUAAAGGUACAUUUUUUACUAAUUUGUAUAAAUGUAUCUACAUGUAUCCUUGUGCUUUUAUGUUAAUAUUCUUUGUCAAUGUGGAUUGUAUAUGGUUUCACUAGUCUAUAUUGCUGUAAUUAUAAAAUACCUUUUAUUUUACCUUGUAUUUAUUAAUCCUUUAAAUACAACUGUAUAUUUUAAAUGGCUGGGAAUGCCUGGAUACAUGUACAUGAUUAAAUACUUUGUAUACAUUUGGAUAUAUAAUGGGCAACAUGCCUGUCCAAGCACUGGGCAUGACCAUGAACUUAGUAUUGAAGUAAAUGUACAUGUAAGUCAUGACAUAGUGUACACCAAUUUUUUUAGAACUCUUCUGAAAUUAGGAUUUUUUUUGUAAUCAGCUCUUGUAUAAAAUAAUAAAACCGUGUCGGACUUACUA